AUGCCCAGAAAAUUGAAGCAGAACAAUGGGGGCCAAGGCGCCAUCACUGGGCGCCAAGCCGUUGCCGAUGCAAAAUCAUAUAUAAUAAUAAGUCAACUGCCUGCUGAUGCCUACAGAAAAUAUGUUGAGGAUGCAAAUAAAUCACAAGUAACUGGUUUUACUUUUGUUGUCAUUAGUAUUAUUCAUGUGGCUGGAGGCAAAAUCACAGAAGAAAAUCUUUGGCAUCAUUUGAGGCGGUUGGGAUUGUAUGAAAAUGAGGAAAGCCAUCCAAUCCUUGGAAACGUCAAACUGGCUUUAGAAGGGCUUGUCCAACAAAGAUAUUUGCAGAAAGAAAAAGUUAAUGGCCCUGAAGGCAGUACUUUAUAUUAUGAGCUUGCUGAGAGAGCUCUAGAUGGAGCACUUGGUGAUAGAAUAAAAGAAUAUGUUACUCAGAUUGUGCAAAAAGAUUUCACCUCAUUGGUAGCCGAUUAG